GAUUCCUACAAAGAAAGCAGAUGUGCUUGGAGGCAAAUGAAUCAACGUUUUUCAUUUGCACAAGAAAAAUGAAGGUGAAUUAGCUGAACCAAUUGAUGGCAAACAAAUGGAACUGAAAAUCCAGAAGGCCAUGUCCUUGUCUUGCUUCUUUAACCCUCAUCAUGGCUGUUUACUCCGUGCAAAUGGCCACGGGGAAAUAUGGACAGAUUGGAACAGCACAUCGAAGUUCUUCCAGUAUGGCUGGAGAUGCACCACCAAUGAAGACUCAUAUACCAAUAAAACUCUCUUGGGGAACUGGAAUGAGGAGCGUUACGAUAUCCAGAAAAGGAAGCAACUCAAACCUCUCCCUUCCCAGUAUGCUCACUACUUCGAGUCCACCUAUGUGACAGACUAUUCCAAGGAAAUGCCUCGCAGCUUAAGAAGGGUUAUGCGAGAGCCUCACUGGUUUCCUGGACACCAGCCAGAGCUGGAGCCACCUCCGAUCAAGCCCACCGCUCGGUCGUGCUACAUGAUCGAUUACGAGCCUCCGCACAGCAGAGCAAAGCAACGCUCUUUGGGUGACGGGAAGCUCAAGGAAGCAGAGGGGACCCAGCUGAAGCAGUAGGCAGCUCCAGGGCCACCUGAGGGGUGGAAGGCUCUGCUGAGAAGGUCUCCUUUCCCUACCCAAAUGGUUAGAAGCUCGGCUGCUGGGCAGCAGCUCCUUAAAUAAAAGAAAUGUGCACCAGGAGACUCUACCUCAUUCAUUUUUCAGUUCUGGUUCCUUCCUAGCUUUCUCUGUGGCUUUCUUAGCAGUUCCAAAACUCUAUUAAACCAUCAGUUCAUGAGUCUUGUCUUAUCUUAGAUUUAAUUUGCCAGGAAGAUUGAGGAAAGAAGCUACCAACUGUUUAUUUGUUAGUAAAGAAGCUCACUUGCCUAUCUUUGCACAAAUAAAUAAGAGCCAAUUUGUCA